CCUGCUUUCUGGUAUGUGCGGCUUUAUUCCCAGGAUCUGGAGGCUACUGGGAGGCCCCCUGGCCUGUGUCUCCACCUGGUGUACACCACUGCGGCUGAGAGGUCUCAGCAGGUUAGGUUUUCAAUCAUGAGGCACUUCUGGACAGGCCGCCGAUUUCAAGCCGCAUGAAACAAGAGUGGGUAUCUCCCACGUGGAAGGCACACAACUGGCACUCCUACCCCGAGGAGCACCGACACGGCUCUGUCCUAGUGGGAACUAGGAGAGGCAAAGACCGACGGGUGACCAGCAACCGCGAAGACUUUUCCUUCCAAGCUGCCGAGAACAGCCAGCCCAGGACCACACCCUGCUUGAUUGUUAGGGGCGUGACACAUCCUCUAAGUCAAGGGGCCCCCGUGACAGGGCCAGAUAGCAUUUUAGGAGGUUCCUCUGACCUCCCUAAAGGUUUCUUCCCUUCAGGGGGACGUGCAGCCAGUCAGAAGACCGGCGUGGGGCUGAGGAGGGGGUGGUCUGGACGUGUGGAGAGGAGACGCUCGGCCUACGACACACGGCUGCGCCAGAGGGUGGCGGUGAAGAAGCUGUCGCGGCCCUUCCAGUCUCUGAUCCACGCGCGGAGGACCUACCGGGAGCUGCGGCUGCUCAAACACCUGAAGCACGAGAACGUCAUCGGGCUGCUGGACGUGUUCACGCCUGCCACCUCCCUCGAGGAUUUCAGCGAAGUGUACCUGGUGACCACGCUGAUGGGCGCCGACCUGAACAACAUCGUCAAGUGCCAGGCGCUGAGUGACGAGCACGUGCAGUUCCUCGUGUACCAGCUGCUGCGCGGGCUAAAGUACAUCCACUCGGCCGGGAUCAUCCACCGGGACCUGAAGCCCAGCAACGUGGCCGUGAACGAGGACUGCGAGCUGCGGAUCCUGGACUUCGGACUGGCGCGCCAGGCAGAUGAGGAGAUGACUGGCUACGUGGCCACGCGGUGGUACAGGGCCCCCGAGAUCAUGCUAAACUGGAUGCACUACAGCCAGACAGUGGACAUCUGGUCCGUGGGCUGCAUCAUGGCUGAGCUGCUCCAGGGAAAGGCUCUCUUCCCCGGAAGUGACUACAUCGAUCAGCUGAAGCGUAUCAUGGAGGUGGUGGGCACACCCAGCCCUGAGGUUCUAGCAAAGAUAUCCUCAGAACAUCUGUGGACCUCCUGGGCAGGAUGCUGGUGCUGGACAGUGACCAGAGGGUCAGCGCAGCCGAGGCCCUGGCACAUGCUUACUUCAGCCAGUACCACGACCCGGAGGACGAGCCAGAGGCGGAGCCCUACGACGAGAGCAUGGAGGCCAAGGAGCGCACGGUGGAGGAGUGGAAGGAGCUCACCUACCAGGAAGUCGUCAGCUUCAAGCCCCCGGAGCCCCCGCAGCCACUGGGCAGCCUGGACGUUGAGCAGUGAUGGAAUGCUGCUGCCAGCCUCCCGACUGGGGCUCGAGAGGGGGCCUGAGCCCACCUGCCGCCAGGCCCCUGUGGGGGGCGCCUGCCUCGACGCCACCACAGCCAGUGGCACCCAGCCCUGGCCUGGGACCCCCGUCCUCGUGCUGCACCUUCUGGGGAACCUGCGCGUGUGUGGACGCCCGCACAGGCGUGAGCUGCGGGUGUGGGAGCCCAGGCAGAGCAUCCUGCACGUCCUUGUCCUCCUGCCCCCUCCCGAGGUCCCCUUUAGGGCCUCCCUGGGGGGACCUGGGUGCCGGAAGAGCACCCCCUGGGCAGUGUGUCCCAGACCUGGACCCCAGAGAGCUGGCUCUGUGGGGGCGGGGGUACAUACACUGGGGCUGGAGCUUCCCUGAGACAAAGGAGGGCCUAAAUGAUGGCUGGAGCUGUUCGGUCUGGAAGUGAGGGGCUCCCUUCAAAAGUGCUGAGGCUCACAGGGUCUUCCGUGGGGGCGCGGGAGUGGGGCGGCUGCCUGGGCCACGUGUCUGCCCAUGCUGUAGGCGGCGCUGUCCUGGAAUCCACGUCAGAGCAAACUGAGGCGUGUGUGUCUGAGGGCUCCUGAGAGCCGCGGUGUGACCAGCCGCAGGCCCAAGUGGGGGUGACUGUCCCGUUGCCUCCCCUGCCUUCAGUCCUCGAGGUGGGUGGGGCGCAAGGCUUUGCUAAGAGCCUGCUGGGCAGCGUGCAAGGAGCUCAGGUGGCCACGGGCAUCUCUGUGAGCAAAUCUCCUCUCCCCGUGGACGUGGGAGCUGCGGAAGGUUCCCGAGGCACGGGGGUCCGGGCCCGCUGAGGGGCUGGCAGGCUUGGGAGCUCCGGCCUCCAGGAGGUGGCCGUGAGUGUGGACGUGGGUCCUGGCCCUGAGUGGAUGGAAACCUCUGCCCGCCCUCUGGUUCUGUUGCCAGGACCUGGGGUGCCCUAGUCUGUGGGUCCGCCCUGUCCUCUGUCCUUCCAGAGCGGAGGGGACCCAGCGACCUCUGGGACAGGCCCCUGCUCCAGAUGUGUUGGGGGUGUGGGCCCGCCGUCAAGGGGCUUCCCUGCCAGGUGGUGACCUCUCACCCUGCAGGACCAGGGAGGUCUGAGUGUCAAGUGCCUGCAUGGGAGUUUUGCAAUAAAGGGGGUCCUGCCCCCCACUUGGCUCGUG